UUCCUUAAAAAAACAAAAAAAACAAAAAAAAAAAAUAAAAAAAAAUAUGAUUGUUUUUGGAAUCAGGAAAAACAGAAACAGAGUCGAAGCUGACAUUGCGACUCCGAUUUGUUUGCGUGGAAGUGUUUUUUUUUUUUUUCAUCAUCAGCAUUUCAAGGGCUUUGAAUUGAACAUUACUGUUAGGUGGCGAUUAUUUUCAAUGGCAAAACGAAGAGUUAAGAGAACUGUUAAACAAUCUGCUUCAUCUCCUUCGAGCAACAUAGGUGGUACUGGUCCAAAUGAGCCCCCAAUUGAAAAGACUGUUCCAUUCAGAGACAAUGAAAUUGAACGUCGAAGUGCUGUAAGCAGAGCCAUUCGUGAUGUGGAGACUGAUGAGUUGCUAACUGGAUUGCGUCUGCUUCGAUCAUAUUUCAACAAGGAACAGCUGCAGACUCCUGUGCUGCAAUUUUUUAAGGAAAACCUUCCAAAUCUGUCAAUUGUAAAAAAUAGAAAAGAUGGACAAUAUGAAGUGCAGUGGAAGGAUAAAGAUGGUAACUUAUCAAUGAACCAGGCUGGAAGAGACAUAAACAAAUCUCUUCUGCAUCGGAUGUCCAUAGCUUAUCCUGACUGCUCUACUGCAAUGCAAUCCUUUGGUGGGAUUGAAUUUUCAAGCAAAGCAGUGAAAACAAGUCUCCUUGGUGCUGAUAAUAUGCAGAUCAGGGAUUUUGUUUUGGAGGAGCCAACUGAUACUCAAAUGCUUGGUUUGCAAGAUGGUCUCCAAACUCCCGGGGCGAGUAGUCAUGUUGGGUUAUCUGUUGGAAUGACUCCCAAAACUCUAAGGCUUCCUAAGCAUGGUGAGAUGCUUUUAUCUGUCCAUGGCUCACCCCUUGGUGUCUACAAGGAAGACAUGGAAGCCAUACAUGAGACGGAAGAAGGUUGAAUCACUCACUACCUGUGGAUGUUGUGACCUUUGAAGUAUACACUACUUGCCAACCCACAAGGGCUAUGCUUAAAUAUGCAUUUGCCAUUUGUUUGUAUUC